AUGCUUCUUUUCUUUUUUCUUCUUCUCUCUUCUUGUGCUUCUUUUUUUUUUCUUCUUCUUUGCUUACAUGCUUCUUUUUCUUUUUUUCUUUCUUUGCUUACAUGCUUCUUUUUUUUUUUCUUCUUCUUUCUUACAUGCUUCUUUGUUUUUUCUUCUUCUCUUCUUUUUCCUUUUUUUUUCUUUUUCUUCUUCUUUCUUGCUUCUUUUCUUUUUCUUUUUUUCUUCUCUUUUUUUCUUCUUCUUGUUUUUCUUUUUUUCUUCUUUUCUUUUUCUUUUUCUUCUUUCUUUUCUUUUCUUUUUCUUCUUCUCUGCUUACAUGCUUUUUUUUUUUUCCAGCUUCUUUUCUUCUUCUUCUUGCUUACAUGCUUCUUCUUUUUUUUCCUUUUUCUUCUUCUUUGCUUUUUUCUGCUUUUUUGUUUUCUUUUCUUUUUUCUUCUUCUUCUUUGCUUACAUGCUUCUUUUUCUUUUUUCUUCUUCUCUGCUUACAUGCUUCUUUUUUUCCUUCUUCUUUUUUUCUUUUCUUUACAUGCUUUUUUUUCUUCUUUUUUUUUUCUUCUUCUUUUCUGCUUCAUGCUUUUUCUUUUUUCUUCUUUUAACUUGCUUCUUUUUCUUUUUCUUCUUCUCUUUUUGCUUUUUUUUUUUUCUUCUCUGCUUCUUUUUCUUCUUUUUCUUUUUCUUCUUUUCCUUUUUUUUCUUUUCUUUUUGCUUACAUGCUUCUUUGUUUUCUUCUUUUCUUCUUCUUCUUCUUUUCUUUUUCUUUGCUUCUUCUUUACUUUUUCUUUCUUUUUCUUCUUCUUCUUUGCUUCUUUUUCUUUUUCUUCUUCUCUUUUUUUUCUUUUUCUUCUUCUUUUUUUUUUCUUCUUCUCUGCUUUAUGCUUCUUUUUUUUUUCUUCUUUUGCUUACAUGCUUCUUUUUUUUUUCUUCUCUUUUCUUUUUUUCUUUUUUCUUCUUUGCUUACAUGCUUCUUUUCUUUUGUUUUUCUUUUCUUUUUCUUCUUCUUCUUUUCUUACAUUCUUCUUUUGUUUUUCUUCUUUUCUCUUACUUUUUUCUUUUUCUUCUUCUCUACUUACAUGCUUCUUUUUUUCUUUUGUUUUUCUUCUUUUUUCUUUUUCUUUUUUUUUUUACAUGCUUCUUUUCUUCUUCUUCUGCUUUUUCUUUUUUUCUUUUUACAUGCUUCUUUUCUUUUUCUUCUUCAUGCUUCUUUUCUUUUUCUUUUUUUUUCUUUGCUUCUUUUUUUUUUUUUUCUACCUUACAUGCUUCUUUUCUUUUCUUCUUCUUGCUUACAUGCUUUUUUUUUUUUUCUUUUCUUCAUUUUCUUUUCUUUUUCUUCUACAUGCUUCUUUUCUUUUCCUUUUUUCUUCUUCUUUUAACUUACUUUUCUUCUUUCUUUUUCUUUUUCUUUUUCUCUUCUUUGCUUUCUUCUUUUUUUUUUUCUUUUUCUUUUUUUAUGCUUCUUUUGUUUUUUUUCUUCUUCUUCUUUUUCUUACAUGCUUUUUUCUUUUUUGCUUUUCUUCUUCUUUGCUUACAUGCUUUUUUCUUUUUUUUUCCUUCUUGAAUUUUCUUCUUUUUUUACAUUCUUCUUUUGUUUUUUCUUUCUUUUUUUUUUUUUCUUCUUCUUACUUGCUUACAUGCUUUUUUCUUUUUCUUCUUCUUUGCUUACAUGCUUCUUUUUUUUUUUCUUCUUCUUCUUUGAUUGUGCUUUUGUUUUUUCUUUUUCUUCUUCUUUGCUUACAUGCUUCUUUUUCUCCUUUCUUCUCUGCUUUUUUUUUCUUUUUUUUUUUUCUUCUUCUUUGCUUACAUGCUUUUUGUUUUCUUUUUCUUCUUCUUCUUGCUUACAUGCUUCUUUUUUUUUUUCUUCUUUUCUUUUCUUUUGCUUCUUCUCUUUUUCUUUUUUUCUUUUUUCUUACUUUUCUUUUUUUUCUUUUCUUCUUCUCUUUUUUUUUUUCUUUUUCCUUUUUCUCUUCUUUUUGCUUACAUCUUUUUUUUCUUUUUCUUCUUUUUCUUCUUUUUGUUUUUCUUUUUCUUCUUCAUUUUUCUUUUUUUCUUUCUUGCUUUUUCUUCUUUUCCUUUUCUUUUUUUCUUUUUUCUUCUUUCUUUGCUUCUUUUCUUCUUUUUUUUUCUUCUUCUUCUUGCUUUUUCUUCUUCUUUUUCUUUUUCUUCUUCUUUGCUUACAUGCUUUUUGUUUUUUUUUUUUUCUUCUUUGCUUACAUGCUUCUUUUCUUUUUUUUCUUUCUGCUUUUUCCUUUUUUUUUCUUCUUUUGCUUACAUGCUUUUUUCUUUUUCUUCUUUCUUCUUUUUCUUCUUUUUUUUUUUUCUUCUUCUUACAUGCUUCUUUUUCUUUUUUUCUUCCUUUUUUUUCUUCUUCUUUGUUUUUUUCUUCUUCUUUUCCUUUUUUCUUCUUUUCUUUUCUUUUUCUUUUUCUUUACAUGCUUCUUUUUCUUUUUUUUUCUCUGCCAUGCUUCUUUUUCUUUUUCUUCUUCUCUUUUUUUUCUUUUUCUUU